AAAAUUAAGUAGGAACCCUUUUCCCACAGCACCUCCUCGUUAGGGUUUCUCCCAUGGAAUACUGGCACUGGCCUUGUCUCUGCCAUCGCCAUCGCCAUUGCCACUUCAUUCAAUACCUUCACAGUCAUUGCCCUUCCCCCUUCCUGCCUCCCCUCGUCGUGGUGAUUGCGGCACUUGCGUCACGGGAAGGCUGCUCGGGAGCUUCUCAUGUGUCAGGGGUUUUGGUGAGCGUGGAGGAUCGCGAGAGAGAAGAUAAAUGAGAUGCUGAAGUGAUACCGCAACAGAUUAUCAAUGGUCACUAGGAGCUCGAGGAGGAAGUUGGGUAGGAAUGUAGCUCUGCUGCAGCCAUGGACGGACCAAGCUCUCAUGCAGCAAAUGCGUGUGCUGGAAAACAUACUGCAAGCUCCGAUUUCGCAUGUGGAUGUGAAGUACAUGAGUAACCAGUGCUUGCUGCUCUCUAAAAUUCUCGAUUCUUUGGUGGCGAACAAUACGAGGCCUGUAUUCAGACAUGAGUUGCUUCGACUAAUUCAGCAGGUUUGCAAGUUCAAGAACAUUCCAGAUGCACGACCAGCGCUGCUGGUAUUACUCUUAUCGGUCAAGAGUGCAUUCCGAGCAGAAUGGUUGUCUCAAACACAGUCCAAGGAGAAGGAUGACAUAUUUGCGACUUUGAAAUCGCUCUAUGAUGCUUUCACAACAGGGCAAGAUGUUGCCGGACAAGCCCCAGCGCAACCUCUCCACUGUGGAGGAUCGGCCCUUAAGGAUCAUCAUGAGUCUGGGAUGUAUCUUAAUUCUAUCAGCAGUCGGUAUUAUCCCCGGUUACAAGUUAAUGCGAUUUUUGUUGCUGUUCAAUCGAAGGUUGGUUAUGAAGUCUUGAUGUGCGAUUUUCAUGUGCCUCACAUGCACAUGUUGGAUCGAGUGCGUUUAUACGUCGGUCAAAAAUAUACGACGGGAACUGCUAAUUGCCUCGUUACUCCACCUCAAGUCAACAUCUUGAUAAACGGUUUGCAAGUAGAGAAGAGGUUCGUUACAAAUUACAUGGACGCUGGUCCACAGAUGCCUUCGGAUGUGACAAGGCUCGUGAAAGUGGGAGCUAAUGUUCUGCAAGUUAUUGGGGAGUUUUCUGUACCAUAUGUCAUAGCGGUGGCCUCGUCAAGAACCAUAGAAUGGUCUUCAAGAAAUACACAACUAGAGGACUAUGUUGCCCCUUCAAGAGCUGCAAAUGACGUAGAUCCUACUGAGAUUGAUGAUGAGGUGGUGGAAGGUGCUUCUAGAGUUUCUUUGCGAUGUCCCAUCAGUCAUCAGCGGUUGGUUACGCCAGUGAAAGCGGCAACAUGCAGACAUUUACAGUGCUUCGAUCUUGAUAGCUUCCUGGAGAUCAAUGAGAAGAGGCCAGUGUGGCGCUGUCCAUGCUGCAACCGUUCCGUCAGUUGCCCUGACCUUCGAAUAGACCGGCAGAUGGAGAAGGUACUCCAGGAAACAGACGAGAAAAUCCAUGAAGUCAUAGUGUCGCAGGAUGGGUCCUGGAUGCCUGUCCCCACAGAUGAGGAUCCGAGUAAUACAGGUCCUGAUGUGAUUGAAGGGGGUGAAGACGGAUGUAAAGUGAUAUAUCUCUCUGAUGUUGGUGACGAGGAGGUAACAGGAUUAGGACAGAACGCCGAUGAAUUCCAGCAACGAGAAAGGAAGCCUGAUUUGCAGACCCUACAAGCAAUCAAUGAAAAUAGAGUCUUCUCAUCACAAACAUUCCAUCCUGUGGUUGGCCGAGGUGAUACUGUGGGAUAUCCAACCGUUAAUCGUUCAGAUAUCACCGCAAGUUCUCCUAUGAAUUCAUCUAGUUUUGCAGGGCCCUCGUGGGUUGCAGGAGCCAACCGUAAUGAUGGUAUUUUCAUGAACGUUAACGGAGGCGGUUUGCAUACGCCAAUAUCAGGGGCUGCUGAAAGGCAGGUACAAAGUCAACCUACUCCCCAGGCCCAAACUGUGCCUACCAUGAGUCUGAAUAUUCAAGCCACAUAUUCCCAAUCACGAACAGCCUCUCACUUGAACAGCCCGUCAGGCCCUGUCAAUAGAUUGUCUCAAAGUAGCGUAUUCAUGACCACACCGCUGCAGCAGCCCCAAGCCCGCGCUCCGUGGCGUGGAGAAACUGCGUCGGUUCGGCAGCGGCAAGCUGGGCAACAGUCCUUAGGAAAUUCUCAGGUGUUCGUUCAAUUCGAAAGGGAUCUUGGCCAGACACGCCAGCAGCAACGGCGAGGGCCUGUAACUACUGCACAACAAGCUCGGGGCGGUCCUUCAGGGCAGCGGCCAUCUGGCAGUGCAAGUCCAGUACAGGCUUCACCCUCGGAAACAUCCUGGCGACCUGCAGGACGCAUGAGAGGGAGUAUCGCGCCUAACUCGAUUGGACGAAGUGCAAUAAAUCAAAGCCCAUCAGCUGCCCAAGCAAGAGUUUCGGUAGCUCCUUCAGCGGGUAUCCUUAAUCCAGCCGCUAAUGCAGCUCCUGUAGCGAACAUUGGACAAUACCAGAUCAGAAUGCCUACAUCAAGUAGUUCUGCAAUUAAUCUCCCUCCUUACAAUGGAGUCCCGUGGGCGAACCAAUCUGACCUUUCCAUGCUCACCGGUGUGGAAACGUCUGCUGGAUGGAUGAAUUUUGAGCCCCACUCUGAUUCUGGCGCGCCUCAUCACUCCCAUUGAACCAUUCAUCUUCUCUCAAACAUUUGCUUCCAAUUCAAAGCACUUUUAUUUGUACCUUUUGCCUUUCUGGCGAAUGAGGAAUGUCAGCAGAAUCUAUGUAUUCUUGUGUUAUCUCGUC